UGGAUCGAGCGCUCCGGCUCCUCGCGCGUUCUCGCUGCCUCUCGCGGGUUCCAGCCUCUGCUCCCGGCCCCGGCCCAGGCAGCAGCCCUAGCGGCGUGUCGCGCCUCCUGCUCCGGCCUCCGAACGCCGCUCGAAUGGGCCACACGACAGCAUAGGGUGAAAUCAGAGCUGCAGCUGCCAACCUACACCACAGCCACAGCAACGCCAGAUCUGAGCCACGUCUGUGAUACCUACACCACAGCUCAUGGCAACACUGGACCCUUAACCCACUGAUCAAGUCCAGGGAUCAAACCUGCUCCCUCAUGGAUGCUAAUCAGGCCAGCCAGAAUUCUUUCCGGAUAGAGUAUGAUACCUUUGGUGAACUCAAGGUCCCAAAUGAUAAGUAUUAUGGUGCCCAGACUGUGAGAUCUACGAUGAACUUUAAAAUCGGAGGCGUGACGGAACGCAUGCCAAGAUUUUAAAGUGUGAAAAGAAUUGAUGAAAUAUUUUACAUACCCUACUGGAACCCAGCUGGAGUAUGACUAAUAGUCAAUGCAGGAAUGCAGGAUAGGCUAGGAAGCCUAGAAGUAGCCAGGCUGCAUCUGAUCCCAGUUAUUAAAGCUUUUGGGAUCUUGAAGCGUGCAGCUGCUGAAGUAAAUCAGGAUUAUGGUCUUGAUCCAAAGAUUGCUAAUGCAAUAAUGAAGGCAGCAGAUGAGGUAGCUGAAGGUAAAUUAAAUGAUCAUUUUCCUCUUGUGGUGUGGCAGACUGGGUCAGGAACCCAGACAAAUAUGAAUGUAAAUGAAGUCAUUAGCAACAGGGCAAUUGAAAUGCUAGGAGGCGAGCUUGGCAGCAAGAAACCCGUUCAUCCCAACGAUCAUGUUAAUAAAAGCCAGAGCUCAAAUGAUACGUUCCCCACGGCCAUGCACAUUGCUGCAGCAGUGGAAGUUCACGAAGCACUGCUGCCAGGACUGCAGAAGCUACAUGAUGCUCUCGAUGCAAAAUCCAGGGAGUUUGCCCAGAUCAUCAAAAUUGGGCGCACUCAUACUCAGGACGCUGUCCCACUCACUCUCGGGCAGGAAUUUAGUGGCUAUGUUCAACAAGUGAAAUAUGCAAUAACAAGAAUAAAAGCUGCCAUGCCAAGAAUCUACGAGCUCGCAGCUGGGGGCACUGCUGUUGGUACUGGUUUAAAUACUAGGAUUGGUUUUGCAGAAAAGGUCGCUGCCAAAGUAGCCGCACUCACAGGCUUGCCUUUUGUCACAGCUCCAAAUAAAUUUGAGGCUCUAGCUGCCCAUGAUGCUUUGGUUGAACUCAGUGGAGCCAUGAACACGACUGCUUGCAGUCUGAUGAAGAUCGCAAAUGACAUUCGUUUUCUGGGGUCUGGUCCCCGCUCAGGUCUGGGAGAACUGAUCUUGCCUGAAAAUGAACCGGGAAGCAGUAUCAUGCCAGGCAAGGUGAACCCCACCCAGUGUGAAGCGCUGACCAUGGUCGCUGCCCAGGUCAUGGGGAAUCACGUCGCCGUCACCGUCGGGGGCAGCAAUGGACAUUUUGAGUUGAAUGUGUUCAAACCAAUGAUGAUUAAAAAUGUGUUGCACUCGGCCAGACUGCUGGGGGAUGCGGCUGUUUCCUUCACAGAAAACUGCGUGGUGGGAAUCCAGGCCAACACCGAAAGGAUCAACAAGCUGAUGAAUGAGUCUCUGAUGUUGGUGACCGCUCUUAACCCUCACAUAGGGUAUGACAAAGCAGCCAAGAUUGCUAAGACUGCACACAAAAAUGGGUCAACCUUAAAGGCAACUGCUGUUGAACUUGGCUAUCUCACAGCAGAGCAGUUUGAUGAGUGGGUAAAACCUAAGGACAUGCUGGGUCCAAAGUGAUUUAAUAAAUUUGUAAUAAAAAUGGCCACAUUGUCUAAGUGAAGUAAACUCCUUAUAGUUCUUAAACAAAAAUGGAUACAUAUGAAGGGAAACCAGUGUUUCCUUUAUCUAGGAGAUCAGUUUGGUUGGUGUAUAAACCAACCCCAGGACAUGCCACAUCCCAAGUGAAUUUCAAAGUGUAAAAUAAAAUAGUGGAAGUGUACAAAAUCAAAAGGAAAACAGACUCAUUUUUCUUUUAUGUUAAUUGACUUGUUGAAUCUGUGGUUUUUGUUUAUGGGUUUUCAUCGUUUCAAAGGUUUUAUAAAAGAGCCAUGUUAGUUUUUAAAGACUUUUAAAUUUUUUGGUUUGUGGUGUUUUUAAAAGCUUCUCCUAUAGUGAAAAAGUUCUUGUUAACUAAUUCUCAAGUUAUGUCUUUAGACAUUUUUUAUUUUCUUGUGAUUUGGGAACAUAAGCUGACUGAGCAUUUGCUCUCCUCUUUGGAGGGGUGUGUGUGUAUGUGAGGUCUGUGUGCGUGUGUACAUGUGCACACGGAUGAAGUAUAUCUCUGUUCCUGUGUGGAGGUGUGUGUGUGUGUGUGAAGUCUGUGCACGUGUGUACCUGUGCACACAUGGAUGUUCCUGUGUGGAGGUGUGUUUGUGUGUGCACACAUGUGUACAUGUGCACACAUGUGUACGUGUGCACACAUGGAUGGAAUAUAUUGUAUCUCUGUUCCUGUGUGGAGGUGUGUGUGUGUGAAGUCUGUGCCUGUGUGCCUGUGUGUCUGUGCCACGUGUGCACACAUGGAUGGAAUAUAUUGUAUCUCUGUUCCUGGGUGGAGGUGUAUGUGUGUGUAAAUCUGUGCAUGCACAUAUGUGUGCACAGACGGAUGGAAUAUAUUAUACAUAUUUGGAAACAGGACAGAUGGACAGAAUUAGGACAUACACACCCUUUGUGCUAACGACAGACACACAGGCGCCUCCUGUCCUUACCGGAACUACUGUAGAAAGACAGGAAAGACUCUGAGUCAAGAACUGCAGGACAUGGGUUAAGAAAGCCGAGGGGAGCAAGCAGGAGGCUUGGACAGAGAGGGAGGCCAUCAUCCAGCUUUGGCCUGCUGUCUUCUGUCUGUGCAUGAGCCCAGGGUUUGUAGCAGGAAUUCAUUGGAAACAACCUCAGGGAAUUCUGAAGUAGCAGUUCAAGGAGAUUCAAGUUAAGUUGGUUUGUAAGGAGAGCCGACCUCAAUUGUGGAGGGAGCUGGAACAAUUUGGUUUGGUCUCCCCGCUCCCCCCACAUAUAUAAUAAAUAACAAGGUCACAAAGAGAGCGAGUCUCAGUAGCUAAAGCAUCUCAUUUGUAAAUGGUGCUCUAUCAGGUAUGUUAUUUAAAAAAAAGGUACUUAUCCUUGAUAGUUAUUAUUAGAAAAUUGGGCUUAUUAAGACCAAAUACCCCUGUGGUAUUAACAAGGCAGCAUAUAUAGCACUUAUAAGCAUCAUUAAAACCAAAGUUCUAAUAUGUUAUAUGCAAUUAUGUUUCAGUUUUUAAAAGUUGUAGAAACAUUGUGAUGAAAAAUGAAUUUAUUCUUACAGCUAAUCUCUUAAGCCUGAGUGAGUAUUCUUUUUUUAAUUGUAAAGGGGUUUCAGACCUUUUCAUGGAACUGUAGAGCCUGUAGGAUCUACUUUUAGCCCAUGCAGUAUUGAUUUUGGCAGUGUUUUUCACAUGGUGAUGAUGUAAUACUUCUGCAAUUUGCUUUCCUGUAACCUAUUUUGUUUUUAAAAAAGAUCGUUAUUAGAAAAAAAAAAAA